AUGGGCGCGGAGAAAAGCCUGGAUCACGGCUUCACUGCCGUCGAGGCCGUGUCCCCCAGCCUUGACAGCAACGGGGAUGGGGCCCCAGCCAUCGACAGGGAACUCGAGAAGAAGGCGAUGCGCAAGAUCGACUUCUGGCUCGUGGGCUUCUACUCGGUGGUCUACAUCUUCCGGGUCAUCGACUCGUCCAACUACUCGAAUGCUGCCAUCAUCAAUCUGGAGAACGGGACGGGCAUCAAGAAAGAGCUGCAUUUCAACCCGUCACAAUGGGCAUGGACACUGUCCAUUUUCUCCUACAGCUACCUGAUCUUCGAGCCGAGCAACACUGUUCUGCUCAAGUAUUUCCGCCCGUCCCGAUGGAUGUUUGUGCUCAUCCUCGUCUGGGGCAUCUGCGCCUGUUCGUCGGCCGCCACCCAGAGCUUCCAGGGCAUGAUGUGUGUCCGCUUUGCCAUCGGUAUGGCCGAGGCCGGCUUCUACCCCGCCGUCCUGUAUCACAUGGCUUUCUUCUAUCGCCCGACCGAGAUGCCUUGGCGCAUUGCGCUGUUCUACUCCGUUGGUCAGAUCUCCAGUGCCCUGAGCGGCCUGUUAGCCUUUGCCGUCAGCUUCAUGGAUGGACUCGGCGGCCUGGCCGGAUGGCGCUGGCUUUUCCUGCUGGAAGGCUUGCCCGCCAUCAUCUUGGCCUUUGUUGCACUAUUCGGCCUGCCCGACUAUCCUCACACGGCUAAGAUGCUCAGCUCCGAAGAACGCGAGCUCGUCGCCCGCCGAUUGUCGUCGACCGCGCCAUCGGGAGAAAAGGGUCGCUGGGACUGGACGAGCUUGAAAAAGCUCUUCGUAGAUCCUACUGUCUACACCUUCUGCAUCUACUGGGUCGCCCAUGGUAUCGGCGGCUUCGGCGUCGGCUAUGCCCUGCCCACCGUCAUCUAUCAGCUGGGGUUCACCACCACCGCCAAAUCUCAGUUGAUGAACAUCCCACCCUACGUGACAUGUUUCUUCCUGCUUAACGCACUGGGCUACAUGAUCCACAAGAAAUGGAUCCGACCGUGGACGACGGCCGUCGCAAUCGAGGGCACCACCAUUGUGUGCUAUAUCAUCCUGAUCACCGUGCACAGUGCGGUGGUCAAAUACCUGGCUCUGAUCGUGGCCGUGUCGUGCGCCGGCUCAGCCUAUCCUGUCAUCUGGCCUGAACGCAUCCGAGCGCUCCAAGGCACGGUGGCGGCCGGCAUUGGAAUUGGGCUCACCAACGCCAUGGCACAGUUUGGCGGCAUUGUCGGCCCACACGUCUACAGCACCAUCUACGGCCCGACCUACCGCGUCUCGUACAUCAUCUGCCUAUGUCACCUUGUUGUCUCCAUCUCCGCUGUGCUGGCGUCGUGGUUCUUCGUCCGGCGAAAGGACCGGCAAAGAAAAGCACUCGAUGCUUUGGAGUGA